UGCCACGGGCUAGUUGCGUGAAGUGUGCAGUUGUGGUUUAUUGACGGAGUAUUGUAGUAGAUGCUGUGGAAUUCUCAAUUGAACACAAAUGGAAAUUUGACAAAUAAACUCUUAGGGUUUUGAGAAACCUUACCUAAACACAUUGUUCGGAAAUUUGUUUAUAAUUUGCGGCUUUUUAUAUUUAAUGGGAGCUGCAGUUGUGUUGUAUUUCAGUAUGAGGUUACUUUGGAAUUAAUGUGCUAACAAUGAAGCAUAGUUCUUCAUACUUGUAAAGUAGCAUUAUAUCCGUGAAUACGUUUAAUAUAUUCCGAACUCGAUUAGCUUUUUAAACAAUUUAAUUUGCGAGACAUGUCAACUGAUGAGGUGAUUUACACCUACGAUGGUGGAUCAAAAUCCACUUUCCAGAUUAAACUAGAGGAAAGUGGUCAUUGUCAAGAUAUAGUAUGCACUGAAAAUAGUAGACCACUUGAAACUGAAGAGUUAGAUAACUCAGUUCAGGUACAAAUUAGUGAUGGACCUGAAUCUGAACUUGCAAGGAUUUGGAAUAAAUCAAGUCAAGAUACUGACUUGCCUAAGAUGAAAGAAUCCAGAGGACAUACUCAAGAUACUAAGACAGCAACAGCUGAGACUGAAUCUAAAAAUCAUGAAGUUCAAGAGAUAUCAGUUGUGGAUGAUCCUGGUGUAUUUCAGGUGGACCGCACCCAGAUUGAAGAAGUGCAGCUGUCUGACCAAGCUGCGGAACUCCAGGUUCUUGGGUUGUCAGUUUACGACCAGGAUACGCUGGAAAAGGGGAUCCUCCAGCAGGUGGAUCAUGCUUUUGAACAGCUUGAUAAGAAACAGCUAGAGGAACAGAUGAAGACUGUUGCAGAUGAAAUUACAACUUGUAAGCAGGAGCUUAAGAAGUCAGAAAUACUUCUGAAGGCUUUGAAAGUAACAGGAAUUGCAGGUCAAAAGCAAGCUAUAUCGGUACUGAAGAGUGCUGAAACUAGGCAGAAGCAGUUAGCAACACUGAAAGCUCGUUCUGAUGCCUUGCAACUGAAACAUACUCAUAUGGGUGGACUUGUCACUGAAGAUAACAGUUAUGUUACCAAAUCUCCAGAUGCCACAUUAAGGAAAGAGAAGCAACUGCAAGAGAGUGAACGGGAACGUAAGAUAAGACUGGGAGAAAUGACUCCAUUUGGAAGUGUUCUUGAUAACCAGUUGAAAUCUGCUGACAGAUCCCACAGAGAUCUCACAGAGUUCGAGAAGUAUCUACAGAGUCAAGCAGAACUUGAGAAGAUGCAGAAGGGUGGGAUCAAGAAGAAGAAGAAGAAGAAGACGCUGGUAAAUAAUGCUGCAAUUGAAGAAGAGGUAUGUGGAGAAAUGAAUGGCGAGACUGACCAGAAAAAAGGAAAUAAAAGAAAUUCGCCAUUGAAGAAAAGUAUCCUUCUGCCGAAGAAACGACCCAAAAAGGAGAAACUUGGCACACAUUCUAGUAAUAAUUGGUGGGAUCAGAAGAAGAAGCCAGGGAAACUUCUAUCUGAACAGACAGCCCAGGAAGACAGUGAAGGGAGCGAGUACUUGCCUUCAGAGAGUGAGCUGAAAGAUGUUGAAGAGAGCGGUGGUUGUAUAAAGAUAUCGACAAAGAAGAGACAGCUACCAGUGAAACGCAGACAGAGGCAGGGUCAGCAUCAGAAUCCAGAAGAAUGGGGGACAGAUGAUAGUGACUGGGAUUAUUCUGAUGAGGAGACAAGAUGUAAGCGGCGCAGAAGUAGUAAAAAAGAGAUUGAUGACGGUAAUAUUGAAGACUACAAUGAACGAUUGAAGCUAUGGGAGGAGCAGAGAGGGAGGCAAGCUAAGGCAGAGCAAACUGGUGAUCAUGAAAUGGAAGGAGGAUACAAAUUGCCUAGAGAUCUCUGGUCUAAGCUAUACAAUUACCAAAAAGUUGGAGUACAGUGGCUUUGGGAACUGAACCAGCAGAGGUGUGGGGGCAUCAUGGGAGAUGAGAUGGGUCUUGGCAAAACUGUGCAGGUUAUUGCAUUCCUUGCUGGACUGAGCUACAGCAAGCUGUUGUCACGCCAUGGCAACUUCCGAGGGUUGGGACCAAGUCUCAUCAUAUGCCCCACCACAGUGAUGCAUCAGUGGGUGCGUGAAUUCCAUGUGUGGUGGCCACAUUUCCGAGUGGCUGUCCUCCAUGAGUCUGGCUCCUUCAAUGGGAGAAGGGAGUCAUUAAUAUGUCAGAUGAACUCUGUUGGCUGUAUUCUGGUGACAUCAUACGUGGGCGCAGUGCAACAUCAAGAGGCUUUGCUGGCCAGGGAUUGGCAUUAUGUCAUUCUUGAUGAAGGCCAUAAGAUUCGGAAUCCAGAUGCACAGGUGACAUUGGCAGUGAAACAGUUUCGUACACCCCACCGGCUCAUUUUGUCUGGCUCACCAAUGCAGAAUAACUUGAAGGAACUGUGGUCACUAUUUGACUUCAUUUUUCCUGGAAAACUGGGCACUUUACCUGUAUUUCUUGCCCAGAUGGCUGUCCCGAUAACUCAGGGUGGCUAUGCUAAUGCUUCAGAAGUUCAGGUGGCAACAGCAUAUAGAUGUGCUACAGUUCUACGAGACACCAUUGCACCAUACUUACUGCGUCGCAUGAAAGCCGAUGUCAGAUCACAUAUACAUCUCCCACCAAAAAAUGAACAGGUCUUAUUCUGUCGGCUGACAGAAGAACAACGGAGCCUAUACAAAAGCUAUUUGGAUUCCGAUGAAGUUGGAAGAAUUCUUCAGGGUCGAUUCCAGAUUUUUGUGGGGCUAAUUGCUCUUCGCAAAAUAUGCAAUCACCCAGACCUGUAUUCAGGUGGACCAAAAUUGUUUCGUGGGGAUAAAGAAGAAGAUCUGCCAGAGGAGAGCAGGUAUGGAUACUGGCGCCGUGCCGGUAAGAUGUUGGUGAUCCAAUCCCUGCUAAGCAUUUGGCAGAAACAGGGUCACCGAGUGCUGCUUUUCACACAGAGUCGGCAAAUGCUGUGUAUAUUGGAGGCAUUUGUACAGAAGCAGGGAUACAAGUACCUGAGGCUAGACGGUGGGACGGGCGUUGCAUCACGACAGCCCCUUAUCACCAGAUUUAAUGAGGAUCCAUCCUACUUUGUUUUCCUUCUUACAACACGUGUGGGAGGUCUUGGUGUCAACCUGACAGGAGCUGACAGGGUAGUAAUCUAUGACCCAGAUUGGAAUCCAGCCACUGACACACAGGCUCGAGAGAGGGCAUGGCGUAUUGGGCAGCAGAACAAUGUGACUGUGUAUCGACUGGUGACUGCCGGCACAAUAGAAGAAAAGGUGUACCAUCGUCAGAUUUUCAAACAAUUUCUCUGUAAUAAGGUGCUGAAAGACCCACGUCAGCGGCGUUUCUUCAAGUCUAAUGACCUACUUGAAUUGUUUACGCUUGCUGAGAGUGAGCGAACUACAGAAACUGCUGCCGUCUUCGCUGGCACUGGCUCGGAGGUAAAGUUGAAAUCUCACAAAACAAACUCCUGCAAAAAAGAAAAGAAAAUCCACCAGAAGAGCAACAGACAUCGAGAAUCGAAGAUAGUUAAGUUUUCAGCAUCAAAACUGGAGCGCAUGAAACGUCUGGCACACCUGCUCAGUAAACAGAUUGCUAUGAUCAACAAACAAGAACCAGAUACCAGGAUUGAUGCAAACGAUGAAUUUUGUCACCAACCCCAUUCCACAAGUCAAGCCAGUGAUGCGGUUUAUAAAUCCGUUGCAAAUAGGAAUACAGUUGAACUUGAGACAGAGGAUGUGACAGUUGAAGACUUUGUUUCUAGUGUGAAGAAAGCUGUCAGUAAAUCAGAGACUGCUGUGGAGUAUGACCAGAAGUCAUAUGUUGAGUGUGAGAAGUCUCCCCAGCGAGAAGCUGUGAAAGAUCUUGCCCAGAAUAGAAAUAACGUUAUGAAGAACCCAGAAUUGAGAGAGAAGUCAUGUAGUAAAGGAGCAUUUAUGUCCCAUCAGCAUAGGAGGAGACACCAUCCUCACAGUAGAAAACGUGCCUUUAGAGAAAAAAAAGGUGCAUUAUUUGAAGGGGAAAGAGUGUCAUACUUAGUGGGGCAGUGUGAAGCAGAGGAAGCACAUCCCUCAGCUGGAAAUGGAGAACAGAAGUCUGUUCAGGAGGAUGACUAUGUGCUGCGUAAACUCUUCAGAAAAUCCGGUAUCCAGACAGCAAUGAGACAUGACAUGAUCAUGGAAGGAGGGCAUGCAGACUAUGCACUGGUUGAAGGUGAGGCACGGCGAGUAGCGAAGGAGGCUGUACAGGCAUUGAAGGAAUCACGACGGCAAUGUUGGCAGGCAGAUACAGGUGUCCCAUCUUGGACUGGCCAGAGUGGAGCUCUUCGGUCUCAUAACAUUUCACCAACCCAAGCUCGACUUCGGUUUGGAAAGAAAAAGACUGUGACACGUUCUUCUGUCAGUGUUUCUGAGAGUAAAUCCAAAGGAAGCAGGUUGGAUGCAAGUAAUGAGGAACCCAUGACAUCCAGUGAGCUGUUGUCUCGAAUGCAGAUCCGUAACCGGCUAAUGGAGCCUGUGGCAAGACCUGAACCAGACUCUGAAGAGGAAUUAACACAAGGAUAUAACAACAUUCCAGUAUCCUCAUCAGUGUCUGUUCAAGAGGAGCACGCUGAACUUCUUACAGACAUACGGAACUAUGUAGCAUUUGGUGCAUCAGUGGAUGGACGGGCCUCAACUCAAGAGAUUCUUGCUCAGUUUAGUGAACGCCUCCCACCUGGAACUUCCCCCCUCUUCAAGUUUAUGUUAAGUGAGGUGUGUGAGUUCCACCGUAUGCCAAGUGGAGAAGGUGUAUGGAGACUUCGUAGUGAGUUUAGAUGGUAAUUUUUAGCCUACUUUCAUAAAGUAGGCUUAUGCAAUCUCCAUCCUGGCUGUGUAUCCCCUCCCCCAUCAACAUUUGAGUGCCUGAACGAAUUUUCAUGAAACUUGGUAUGUAGCAUAUUCAGCAUGCCAGAUUGUACAUUGAUGCAUGACAGAGGUAAUACAGGAAAUGCUUUUCUUUAAAUCUGAUAGCAGUAGAUCACCAAUAUUUAUCAUUAUUCAUUUUCAUAUUCAUUUUCAGCAUAUUUUUUGUAUAAAGUCUGAAUAAAACAAAAACACCACUGUUAUUUAUUGAAGCAGCCAUCUUAUGAACUCACACCUAUGCUGCAUGCAUUUCGUCUUGAAUUGAGAAAGUUCUAGCUGCUUGUAGAUGAAGAUCGAUAGUUCUGCUCUUUCUUUGGGCUUUUGAAAAUUCCACUGCAUUCUACAGACAUCUGAUGAAGAAAUGAGAAUUUAAUGAAUAAAUUAAAGCAUACUGUUAUAAGGCUGUAAUGGUAAUAUGCACAUCUUGUGAUAUUUUUUAUGAAUAUGUCAACAAUAAAUUUGUAUUUAAAUCAUUCCAAAACCAAAGUGGACAUAUUAAGCUGCCUACCUCUAAGUGUUUCUGAGAAUUAAAACAUUUGUUUGGGAGAAACAGUUGAAUGAAUUCAUGUGUAGUAAAUAUAUAUUUUUACAGCAGUGUUUGUCCAGCGAUUUAGGUCACAUAAUGUUAACAGCAGCAAUUAUUGUCUAUUGUUGACGUAACAUGUGCUUUUGAGGUUUGAAAUGUGGAUGGGUGGUAAUUUAAUAAUAGCUAUAUUUGCAUAUAAUAAUUUAUUUCUGAUCCAAAAAGUGAGGGUUUAAUAAUAAUUUUCUAAUCAAGUGUGUUCUAAAGGAGGAGAGGAAAACCAUUAUAUUGUGACAUGUAAGUGUUUCCAGGAGACUAAUUGGCAGACACGUUUCUAUGGAGAUGUGAUUAAUGGACACAAACCAUUGCUGGGGGUCUAACAAACAUUUCUGUGGAUACAAAAAUGAAAAGGUAAAGACUUGUGGAAACCAGAGCAUUGCUACAAAAUUAACAGGUUUCCAUGGAGGUGGUUUCCUAGGUACCAGCUCAGUACAAAUGCGUUUCCGUGCAAACGGACAUUCAACAAACACUUUCUAGGAUGCGCUAGACUAUAUAAGCAGACAUGCAGAUAAGAAUGGAUUCAUUCAUUUGCGAGUCAGAAUUUGGCAUUUGGCAUUCAUAAACCAAAAGCGAGUGAUUCAUAAAUCAGAACCCAGUCAGUCACAGUACAAGAAAGACAAGAAGAGAAGACAGUCAUAGUCCAGCCAGAAUAGAGCAAGUUUUAGGCAGUCAUAGAUUAUGAUUAAGAGUGAUUGUAGAAGAUGGUACCAUUAAAUCCAAUCAUCCAGUCCAGAACCCAUUGUUAUUAGUCAAGCACAACAAUAAUAUGUGACAGUAUUGUCACAUUUAUUAGUGACUAUAGAUGGGGUUUGGAUUGGUGAAUAGAUUUAUUAACACCUUUUACCAUGACCUCGUACUUACCAGCAAUACAACACUAUCACUGAUUUACACAAUUUACAGUUCACCAUUACACAUGCACUAAGAUUCUCAGUCUUCACUAGUCGUAAC